UCAGACCAGUGUCCACUGCUUGUGUUUGUUUUGUUUUUAUAAAAAUGAUGAAUGAAAUCUAAAUAAUUAACAAAUAACUACUGAAAAAACCUUUCAUUGUAUUCUGCCGUUUACGGCUGGGUUCAAUUAUUCUAUCUUCGUUCUUAUUUUAUCCGAAGUGUUGAAAAGUAAUAAGAGAACUAAAUUUUAAUUAUGACCAAUUUUAAAAAGCAACUGAAAAUAACCAAAAUAUUCCGAAAAGGCAAUACAAAACAACCAGAGGAUUGUGAUGAUUUGCAAGAAGAGAUUCGGCAGUUAGAACAGAAAUUACAAGAAAAACAUAAUGAAUUAUUUCAAAUGCAACGAAAUACAUACAGGAAGAAAAGUAGUCUGUACAAAAAGCGAGACGAACCAUUCGUUAGGCCUCAGAAAAUAGUAAUCAGUAACUCUGUAGAGAGCCUGAAGCGUAAUUUGGAAUUGAUGUCCAUGUUGACUGGUAUGGAAGUACAGUCGUACGUGUUGGACGACCACUGCUGUAUAGUGUAUCACAUGCAACACCCUUCAAACACAUAUGUGAAGCACGGGCUUAGAAUUGAUAUGACAUCAGAUGGUAAUGUGAUCACUAAAUCAUCAUUGCCAGUCGGAUUUAAUAUAAAGGCUGUGAUGGAGGACUUUGAUAAUGUGAUGAUGCCGGAAUGUCUUUGUGCUGUUCGGAAAGCUUUGGUGGCUUACUAUGAUAGAUUGGGACAAUUUGAAUCAUUAAAGAAACUUUUGAGUAUUGAGGCAGAGCUGUUCAAAAUAUUGGAUGGUUCUCACAUAGAAAUAUCAUUUAAUGCUAUAAGUCAUGUGGACGAGGAAGACGAACAGAUCACCAUCACUCUUAUUCUGAACUAUAGGGUUUAUGAUAUAAGACCCAAGACUUACUGCUUCAAAGAAAUUGAUUUACCAGAGGGAGUACCAGAUAUACUAAGACAACAAUGUUCAGUGUUUAAGAGGAAGCCAUUACACAAAGCUUUCAAAGAGGCCUUUGUUGAUGGUAUUGGAACAUACAAGCUUGUUAGACAGCUCGGUCUGAGGAAACCCGAGGACCAACUCAAGAGUAAGCCAAAGAGGUUCCGGCCGAACAAACAAAACUAUAACAACGACGACACCUUCCAACCAGAGGACUGUAGCGAUCAGGGAGAAGAUGCUGCUGAAGAAUGACACCAAAACUCCUUAUUAAUUUGUCUGGACCAAUAACAGGAGAUGAAAUUUACUAAGAAAUAUUUAAGAAUAAUGUAUCAUAAUAUAAUUCCGGUAUUAAAUGACA